AUGUGUAGAUCGACAACAUUAAUCACAGAAUGCGCACAGAGUCAUAUAUCGGAAUGCAUUGGAGAACGGAUUGGAAUUGCAGCUUUCAAUGAACUUAAAGGCCUGUCACAAAAUUGUUGUCCGGAUCGUAAUGCUCCAACUUGUUCAAUUCGAGAUUCAGUGAUAAACAACCAACGUUGUUUUUCUGCUGAUUCUCUUGUUACUCUAUCAAAUGGCAAACAGAAAUCGGUUGCUCACUUACAAUCAGGUGAUGCACUUCUUGCUUAUAAUCAUAAAACAAAACAAAUCACCUCUACACAUCUUAUCACUAUGCUUGAUUUUCAACCACAUCACUUUGCUAUAUUCAAACAAGUAACAACAAGCACAGGUCGACAGUUAUCAUUAACUUCAUCACAU